AUGACCUCUAUACAAGUGUCGUUUGGCGACGCAAAUUCAGGGGUCCAGGUGGGGAUCAAUAAUGGGCAAAUAGUUCUUCCUGCAGAGCUACCAAAGCGCCCUCCUCCUUUGUCAAACAUAUCGCUUUGCCACCAAGACUUCAUCAGCCGUGAUUCACUCCUCGACCAAAUUCACAGAUCCUCUAUCCCAGGGUCUAGAAUAGUACUUGUUGGUCUCGGCGGCGUUGGAAAAACACAACUCGCUAUUGAACACUGUAACCGAAUUCGACAAGGUUCGCCUGAGACAUGGGUCUUCUGGAUCCAUGCAAGUAACUCCGCCCGCUGUGAGCAAAGUCUUCGUGACCUUGCCGAUCGAGUCAAGAUUCCCGGGCGGGACGAACGUACUGCCAAUAUAUUCCAAAUUUUCAGGAACUGGCUUCAAGACGAGCAGAUCGGAAGAUGGAUCCUUGUGCUCGAUGGUGUUGACGAUCAUAGUCUCCUACGCGAGACUUACGUGACUCGUUCUGAGGGCCAGACAAGUCAGAGUAUGAUCACGACGCAGCCACCGCUAAGAUAUCUCCUUGAAUGCUCAAAUGGGUCUAUCAUUAUCACUAGUCGGAAUAGACAUGUUGCGUUAGACAUCACUAGCCUACAGGAUAUCAUCGAAGUGCCACCAAUGGAGAAGGCCGAAGCACUAGAUCUGCUCAAGAAGAAGCUGAGCAUUUAUGCAGACCACGAGGAUAUGGAGCAGCUGACUCAGGAGCUUGAAUUUAUGCCAAUGGCGAUUAUACAAGCUGCCAGUUAUAUCACACAUUCUUCACCACUUUGCUCAGUAUCGAAAUAUCUAGAGGAUAUUCGGAAAAAUGAUCGCCAGGCAAUAAAACUACUUCAGUACCGGGCAGGUCUUCUCUCCCAAGACUGGGAGGCUAAAACCUCAAUUACUCUCACGUGGCAAAUAUCCUUUGACUAUAUUCAAAGGAAAAGUCCGUCCGCCGCAGACUUGCUUUCUUUGAUGAGUUUUUUCGAGCGACAAGGAAUCCCUAUGAGCAUCCUUCGCGAUCCUCAAAGUCAGGAUGUUGAGAACAACUUAGGCUCAGAGAAGAUCACGGAUAGAUCAAGCGAAGAGGACUGGGACAGUGCGUCUGACGAUGACUCUCGUUCAGAUCAACAGCUUAAAGAUGAUCUCAUAACACUUCGCAACUUUUCAUUUAUCUCGUUUGGAGAAAAUAACACGAUACUCACAAUACUCACAAUGCACCGACUAGUGCAAUUAAGUGUGCGCGCAUGGUUGAAAGAACAUAAAAAGGAGGCACAGUGGAAUGCAAAAUUCAUUAACAAUCUAUGCCAUGCAUUUCCAAUUGGCGAAUACGAGAACUGGGAACAGUGCCGUUUACUGUUUCCCCAUGUCAAACUUGCGGUAUCAAAACGACCAAAAUCAGACUUCUCCCGACAGCAAUGGGCCAUAUUGCUUUCUAGGGCAGCGUGGUAUGCCCAAUUAAAUGGCAAUAUUGCAGAAUCUGUGGAAAUGGCGUCUAAGUCAAAAAUGCAAAGUUUGGAGACUUUUGGCGCAGAUAGUACAGAGACACUAAAAAGUGCUACUAUACUUGCAACAGCAUAUAGGCUUAAGGGUCUCUGGCGGGAUGCUGAGCAGCUUGAAAAGGAGGUGACGAAGAUAAGCAAGACGAAGCUUGGCUUAGACCAUCCCUCUACACUUCUGAGUAUGAACAACCUAGCGUUGAUAUACCAGAAACAAGGCCGAUGGAAGGAUGCGGAGCAGCUCUUUUUACAAGUUCUGGAGAUAAGCAAGACGAAGCUCGGCUCCGACCAUCAAAACACGCUAUCAAGUAUGAAUAACCUAGCGUCGAUAUACCAGAACCAAGGCCAGUGGAAGGAGGCCGAGCAGUUCUUCCAUCAGGUGAUGGAGACUUAUAAGAUGAAGCUUGGCUUAGACCAUCCUAAUACACUUUCAAGCAUGAACAACCUAGCAUUGACUUUUUGGAAUAUGGGUCGGUGGGACGAAGCAGAGCAGCUGCAGAAUCUGGUUAUGAAGGCUCGCAAGAUGAAGCUAGGCGCUGAUCACCCGUCUACACUCAAUAGCAUGGCCAACCUAGCGUCGACAUACUGGAACCAGGGCCGAUUGAAGCCAGCAGAGCUGCUCUUUUUAGAGGUCAUCGAGAUUCAGAAGACGAAGCUCGGCGCCGAUCAUCCUGACACGCUCAAUAGCAUGGCCAACUUAGCGUCGACAUUCUGGAACCAGGGCCGAUUAGAGGAGGCUGAGCUAUUAGAGGUACAGAUCAUGAAGGCUCGCGAGGCAAAGCUCGGCGCAGACCAUCCCGACACACUGAUGAGCAUGUCCAACCUAUCGAUAACAUAUCAAAACCAACGGCGGUGGAAUGAAGCCGAGCAACUCGAGGCGCAUGUCUUGGAGGCUCGCAAGUCUAAGCUCAGCGAGGACCAUCCUGAUACGCUGACAAGCAUGGCCAAUCUAGCGUGGACGUAUAGGAACCAGGAUAAAUUAGAAGAGGCCGAGCAGCUGUUUAUACAGGUCGUGGAGAUGAGCAAGACGAAGCUCGGCGGGGACCAUCCUGACACAAUAACGGGCAUGGUUAACCUUGCCUUCACUCAACAAUCUCUAGGUCGACUUGCCGAUGCAAUUGAUUUGCUCAGAACCUGUGCGGUCCAGCAGCGACGGAUUUUAGGUCCCGAUCAUCAUCAAACUGUGUCUAGUGUUAAGACUCUGCUGGAAUGGGAAACUAGGCAUCUAGCGAUAGAGGCAUGA